AUGGACACGAGAAGGAUUACAGGGCAUCUGCGCUUGCAAAGCACAGUAGCGGAGACGGUCGCCUUGAGUUUAGAAUACGUGAGACUUAUAGAGAUGGAAUUUCGUAACAAAGUAAAGAACGAGCGGGGCAGUAACUGGACAGACCCGGAGAUAGUGGAGCUGCUCCAGCUGUGGUCCGAUGACACUGUGCAGCUGGAGCUGGAGAGUUCUCUGAGAAACCAACGCGUCUUUGACCGCAUCGCGCACACGCUGCAGGAGCGGGGCGUCUUCCGCACCGGGGACCAGUGCAGGGAGAAGAUCAAGAAGAUGAGGCUGGAGUACCGCCGCAUCAAAGACAACCACAAAACACGAUCCUGGAAGUUCUUUGACGUGAUUGACCGUGUGGUGACCAGCCGUCCGUCUAUCACUUACUCCUCUCUGGGCGGCACAGUUGUGGCUCAACACGUGUAUCAGAACCAUGGGGGCGCAGAUGGCUUCCACGCCACGAUCCCAGCCAGUUCCUUUGGCCCCCCGGCUACAGGGGGCUUUCUCUUCGGACACCCAACACUCAAACAAAAUGCACUGGACAUCAAGUGUGAAAAUAUGGACGAGAGCAUCGUGAAUUCAGCUGUGGCUCCCCCUGAGAUGUAUUAUGGAUCGGGGGAUGACCAGGAGAUAGAUGCACAGUCAGAGGCCCCAGUUCUGGAGGACAAACCAGAAACACCUGCCAUUUCACCUGCAGCAGUAGUGAGCGAUGAGAACACACCUUGCUCUCCUUCAGGGACACAGGCCGGCUCCGCAGAGCGCCACUUCACCGAGGCGCCGUAUUACACCUUAUCCAACUUGAAACGAAAGCGUAAGAAUGUCUCCAAAUCAAACCACAGUGCCAAAGUCAGUUCUGCAUCCACCCACCGCACGGGCCUGGACCGAGCCCUGGUCAGCUUCCUCAAGUGGCAGCAGGUCACGGAGGAGAGGCUGCUGUCUCUGGAGGAGGCGCGGCUGCAGAGGGAGGUGCAGGCGGAUGAGCGGAGGGAGAAGCAGGAGCAGCAGAGGGCCCAGCAGGAGCGCGAACACGAGCUCCGCCUCUUCAGCAUGCUCGCCGGGACGCUGGGGGCCGCUCACCGUGCAGUCCCUAGGGAGAUGGCGGCAGAGGCACCGGCAGAGACCAGUGUCAGCUCUGACUCGGGGCCAUUUCUUAUAGAAGAGGGGUUUCCUGAGAUUCCAAACAAGCCGUGUGAAAGCUCUAAACGCGCGGUCAGCAGUGGACGCAGCGCUUACCUGUCGAGCAGAGGCAACACCAUCCUGCAGCAUCAGGGAAUUCUCCAAGAAGGAUUUCUACAGUACGGAAUGGACAAAUACCACGAGACCGACAACCCCAAUGGCAUCAUAAACCUCGGCACCAGCGAGAACAAGCUGUGUUAUGAUAUCCUGCUCAAGCGCCUGACCAAGCCUGACAUGCUACUUGUUAACUCGUCCUUACUGCAGUACGGAGACUGGACCGGACACAAAUUCCUGAGGGAGGAGGUGGCCAGAUUCUUGACGGACUAUUGCUGUUCUCCACGCCCACUGAAGGCAGAUAAUGUGGUGGUGAUGAACGGCUGUGGAUCCCUCUUCUCGUGUGUCGCCACGGUCAUAUGUGAUCCUAAAGACGCCAUUCUCAUCCCAACUCCUUUCUACGGCGUGAUCACGGAGGACCUGGAGCUCUACGCCAAUGUCAAACUCUUCCAUGUGCCUCUGGACUGCGAGGAAAAUGAAAGUGGCCGUCGACCGUUUCAUCUCACCGUUGACAAAUUGGAAGAAGGACUGAAAAGAGCAAAACAAGGGGGAAUUAGGAUACGCGCUGUCAUACUGAUGAAUCCACACAAUCCUCUGGCGGAGAUCUACACCCAGACUGAGAUAAUUGCCUUCUUAGAGUUUGCCAAAAGGAACGAGCUCCAUGUCAUUGUGGACGAGGUGUACAUGCUGACGGUAUUUGACGAAUCUGCGAUAUUUCCAAGUGUCCUUAGUCUGGAAAGUGUGCCGGACCCUCAGAGGACACACAUCAUGUGGGGGAUGAGUAAGGACUUCGCGAUGGCAGGUCUUCGGAUCGGCACCCUGUACUCGGAGAACAGGGCAGUGGUGGCGGCGCUGGCCCAGCUCGGCUCCUUCCACGGGAUCCCGGGACAGACUCAGCAUCAGGUCGCACAGCUGCUGCGGGACAGAGAAUGGAUCAACAACAAAUUUCUACCUGAAAACAGAAGCCGGCUGAAGAGCGCUCAUAGUUUUUUGACGAACGAGUUGAAACGUUUAGGCAUCCCUUUCUUAGACAGACCGGCAGCUUUGUUUGUGUGGGCCGAUCUCAGGAAAUACUUGAUGGAGUUCACGUUUGAGGACGAGCUUUCUCUGUGGCGCUGCUUCCUCAGGCACAAAGUGGUGCUGAGCUGCGGUCAGGCUUUCUCCUGCUCCGCUCCAGGAUGGUUCCGCAUCGUCUUUGCAGAUCAACAGCACCCUCUAGAGCUGGGACUGAGGCGAUUCAAAGAGGCUCUGAGCGAAAUCGAAGGGACACUGGCCUGCCCCGGCUCCAGCUCCAGCUCCGUCAAAGGCCCCAUUGAGAGCCACGGACCCUCGGCCACAGAGACAAACAUUGACCUCAACAGAACAAUACAGCGAUACACUUCUGUCCCGUCUCCCAAGUCGCCGGGCGCCGGGACGGAGGCGGCCCAGGACCCUUCGGCCAGCUGCUCCCUGGACUCUCUGAUCGGAACGUUGCAGCAUCAGUUGAAGUCUUCCAAUUGGCUGCAGAGAAACAUUCCGGAACUGGAGGCUGGGGAGAACCCGGAGACGAUCGACGGGUUUCAGGCGCUGCUGCAAAGAGCCAGGAAGUAA